AGCGGGGGCUGAUAGCAGUGGCAGUGGCAGUAGUGAUGGUGGUGGUGGUGCUGCUGCUGCUGCUGCUGCCUUUGUGGAGGCGGCUGUGCGGCAGCUCUCCGCCGGCUUGCUGCUGGGGACCAACGGAACCACAACCGCCACCACAACCGCUGAUGACGGCGGCAGCCUAGCAUUAAAUCCAAUGUCACCCGGCGGCGUCAGCAGCAGCAGCACCAGCUCGCCCGCUCAGUGGCUGCUGCGCGGCGUGUCAGCUGCCUGGGGCGGCGGCGCCCUAUCUGAGGAGGCGCUGGGGGCUGGGUACGUGCUGCUGAGCUGCGUGUUCUGGGGGAUGGCCACGGUGCGGCUGGGGGCACACAGCGCCCGCUUCGCCCCGCUGCACCUGGCGGCGGCGGCUGCAGCGGCGUACGCGGGGCUGUCGCUGAUGUGGCUGCUGGCGGAGGUGACAGGCUCCCCCAGCGCCGGCCUGGCUGACUUCCUGGAGCUGCGGCUGCUGCUCCGGAACCCCCGGACGGCUGCAGCGCUGCUGUGGGCGGGGCUGGGGCCGGGAGCGCUGUCCAGCUACCUGCAGGCGGUUGGGCAGCAGACGGUGCCGCCCGCUCAGGCCCAGGUGCUGUUCAGCAGCACCCCGCUGUGGUCGGCGCUGCUGGCCCGGCUGCUGCUGCCCGGGGAGGAGGAGGGCAUGGGCGGGCUGGCCUGGCUGGGGGGCGGGGUCAUGCUGGCGGCCUCGCUGAUGGCCUCGCUGCUGACGGGAUG